AUGGGAGAAGAUGGAUGUUGUGGAGAAUCCGUUGACAAGCACAUUCUUGUGGCCAAAGAACAAAAAUCGGCGUCCCUUUGCGUAAAGGGCAAUAGACUGCUUUCGGAGGAAAUAUUGGAGCUCGAACAGCAAGCUGCAUCUUUGGCAGAGCGUAUUGAAAAGAUUCUCUCCACAAAGAAAUUGCAAAUGUCCGAUCUCAAAACCUCGAUCCACGAUGUGAGCAAGCUGAUCCAAGAGGCGAAACUGCGUCUCGAUCGAGAGGAUCUUUUGUAUAAAGAACUUGCAGCAGAGUGCGAUCGGAUGGACGAGAGUGUAAACACCAAAAAGGCCCAUGUGAUCCAACGAGAUGCCACUGUAGAGGAGCUAUACCAUAUGUGGGCUUUGAAUCUUAUCCUUAGGUACGACGGAAUGACAAGGAUUAUUCAGGAGGCAUUUGGGGCGUCUUGUUUUAUGGAACACGAGUACCCGUAUCGUCUUUGCAUCCAUCUGCGCAAUGACGCCAUCCUUGGAGAUAGGAACUUUUUUGUGACGUUUGACAAACGGGGAUCUGUUCUCUCAAUUCAGGUUGACAAUGUCCUAUUUUUGAUGUUUGGUAGGAUGCAAAGCAAGACGGAGUUGAUAUUCUCUCGCAUGCUAUAA